AAUUACUCAUUUUUUCCUUCUCCUUUUGAUGAAAACAUACAAAAAUAACAAUUACUCCUUUACUCCGUAAACAAUAAACCAAAGCUUCCCUCUUCAACACUCACACUCUAUCCAAACAUUAUGCAAACAAAAGAGAAGGCCAUGGAGGCCGAGAUCAACAAUCACCAACCACUUAACGUGGAGCAGAAAACGACGGCCAAGAGUUACUCGCGGAGACGAUGUCUGAUCACCGUUUGCGGAACAAUCAUACUUCUAAUAUUGAUUCUGUCCAUAAUCCUCCUCGUCCUCGCCUUGACUGUUUUCAAGCCAAAAGACCCGAAAACCGAGAUUAUCUCGGCCGCCCUCGACGGCAUCUCUCCCAGCGUGACGCUCCCCGCGGUGAGAAUCGAGCUCAACGUGACGCUCGACCUCAAGAUCCUCGUCCGGAACCGGAACCACGCCAGCUUCCGCCACGGCACGGGCAAGAGUGUGCUGCUCUACAGGGGGAAGCAGGUUGGAGAAGUUGAUAUUGCCCCGGGAAACAUUCCCGCGAGGGGGUCCGCCACGCUUCCUUGCCGGCUGACCAUCGAGGUCGACAAGCUCGGGUCGGAGAUUGCUGGCUUGAUCGGCGACGUUCUAGCCGGAGAGUUGAUGGUGGAGACGCAGACGAGGAUUCCGGGAAGGCUUACCUUCCUUGGAUUCAUCAAGAAGCAUGCUGUUGCUGUGUCUGUGUGCCAGUUUACUAUCAGUGUUAGAGAAUUCAAGGUUCAGAGUCAGCUUUGCAAGAGCAAAGCCAAGAUUUGAGAGAGAUUUUGGGACUUCUUCUUAAAGACUUUAUAAAAUCUGCAUACUGAGGAUUCUUGGUUUGGCUAUGUUACAGUCCAUGUGUUAUAUACAUAUAUAUAUAUAGAGAGAGAGAGAGAGAGAGAUAUACAUAGAGAGAGAGAGAGCUUUCUUGUUGUGGAAAAGGAGUGGAUAUUGAAUGCCUGUAGAUUAACCAAAUCUUGCCAUGGGGAGAUUGUUUGCAGUCACA